CAAGAUGGCAGCCUCCUUGAUCGGUCGUCAUUUUCUUAUUCAGUCAAGAAAUAGACGUUCCCUGACAUUGAAAUUCCGAUUAAAAUAUAGUAGUGCGGUUCAGGCAGUAUCUAAUGAAGAUGUGGAAUCUUUGUACCCGCCGGUUAAACCCAGAUUUCCACCAGGAAACUGGACUUCAAUGACUGAAGAAGAGGCAUGGACAAGAUACGAAGACAUGCAAGAAAUGACGGCUGUCCCGACAGCGAAAGAAAGAUUAGAAAAAUUAACCAAAAAGCAAAUGAGAGCAUAUCGCUUUCCUGUUACAAAUAAAUCAGUUCGGGUUUUAGAAUUUCAGAAAAAUGUUACAAAAUCUCAUUUGAUUAAGGGUCUGCCAAAUAUUUAUGACUCUUUACAAGUGGAUAGUUCUAUAGUUGAAAAGAUUAAACCAUACAUUAUUGAAGUUUUAUUGUUAGAAAAAGAGAGACUCUUUCGCAGUAAGUUCAGGGACAUUCACAGAGAUAGUUUAAUAUUGAGAAACUUGAUACAGACACUACUCCCUCUAUUAUACGAACAUAACACAGCUUUACGAACGUCCCAAGUUGACGAAGAAGUUGAUAUUAAAGGAUUCUGGGAUAGGUCUGGUUUUAAACGUGUCAUGUGGUACGAUGCUGCGAUGGAGAGGCCAAAGGAAUAUAGAAUUAAAUAUGCAAAUGAUGUCAGAUUCCAGACUGCACAUGUCUGUGAUGUUUCUAUUAGGACAGAGGAUCCAUUAAAAGAGUUUUUACCAAUUGAUGAUGAACUUUGUGUAAAUGAAGAUUUUCCUGUUUUGGAAUAUCAUCCUAAAGUUUUUGGAACCUCAAAAACAGACCGUGAGAAAUCACAGCUGACUCCAGGUUAUAAUUUUGGGGAUCCGUGCGAAUUUGGUUUAGUUUCAUUUCAUAACACAGUCUGGUUAGAUUAUCAGCGUCGUAAAUAUGGUGAUGCCGUAACCGAGGAGAUGAGGCAGGGAAUGGGAUUAACAGCAUCUUUCACAUGGUUACUUGCUCAAGCUUAUAGUCAAGGUUUCAAUUCGUUGUUAGAUGUUACAUAUCCAAUGACAACACAAACAGUUUUAUCAGACGGACGGAAAAUGUCAUUUUUUGCGUACCAACUUAAUACAAUUGACAUGUUAAAAAACAAUAUUGCCAAUCCUCGUCAAAAUAUCUGCUGGUAUACGGACGAAACUCGGCUUUAUGAAAAAAUAGAAGAUGGCAAAGUUAUAGGUUUUAACGACGAAACUUGUGAAACUUUGUUAAAAUUUUUAUUAAUGAAACCAGAGAGACGUAAUAUUAACAUGAAACCAACGUUACCUGCUGAAAGUUUGGAGAUUUUGUCACAAACAGAAUUUAUCAGUAGAAAUCCUCUCGACUUAAGUACGGAAACAAAUUAAGCAUUGAUCGAUCGUGAAAAGAAAAGAAGAGAGUUAUAAAGUGUUGUUAGGUUUUAUAAAUCGUGCCAUGUGACUUGUCAGUUAUAAACGUGAGGCAUUUAAUUCUCUAUGUAUUCUGAAGUUCAAGGCAAUUUUGAAAUGCCUCUAAAAAUAUGCCAUAUACUGAAGUUUAAGGAAAUUUUAAAAUGCCAUGUGUAGUGAACGACAUCACUGGCCAGAAACUUGUUGAGUGUGUGAUUGAAGGACACUAAAAGCCUGGAUAUAUAAGACACCUCUGUCACAGACUGUCCAGUACAAAUUAUCACACAACAUAUAUAGAUAUAUACACAACAACUUGAGUAUCAUUUUAGCAGAAGUUUCUGUAUUUUACAGUUAUAAUAAACUCAACACUCAUUAUCUAGACGGACCCAUUAAACCACACAACAGUAGAAACCCAAUAGUUUUCUAUGAUUCUCAACAAAUUUGAACAUGGUUUAAAACUAAAUAUUAAAUACAGAAACCCCUGCUAAAACAACUAAUGAUACCUGGGUUGUAGUGUUAUAGGCCAGGACAUCAGACACUUGUAACAGACAUUGUCAUACACAAAUUAUCAUAUAACAUACAGUAAACUUUGCAUAAGUCGGGGAUCACGUGGCUAAGUGUGUAAGACGCUAGCUCGCUAGCCUGGAGGUCGGGUGUUCGAUUCCUGCAUUGUCCGAGAAAGUUCAUCCCGAUUUUCCGGCGUGGUUCUCCCUUGUCAGUGAUGCAGGACGGAGGGGCUGACAAGGAAAGCUGUCUAGUCGUUCAGAUGGGACGAAAAACCGAGGUCCCGUGUACACAUUGGCGUGCACGUAAAAGAUCCCUUGGCAGUUGGAAUUCGAUAUAAGACUAGGCCGUAGUGCCGCUGUCUGGGCAAAAUUUCCCUCAUAGCACACUGUAUGGCGUAUGCCUGUCUUCAUUAGCCCAGGUUAGGAGCAGAAAAGUAGGACGUUAAACUCCAUUUCAUUUCAUUUCAUUUCAUUUUGCAUACGUCGGAUCUAAGUGGAUUGACCAAUGUUAUCCACGUUAUGCGAAGAUCCGAGUUAGCCGAAGACCGGAAUUCAAUCUUGGCCUGAUUAAAAAUAAAGUGAAAGAGCUGGAUAAUAAUUGAUUCAAAGGCACUUUUCAUCGUGUGUGCGAGUAGAUAACUUCCGUUUUGUCGCCACCUUUGAAAAAUGUCCUAAAUUUUGCCGGAUAGUGUCUCAUACAGCAGACAGCGAGUUUCGAAUUUUCUUGGAAAAUUCUAUUAUUGCGUCGCGUCAAAUAGGCAGAUUUGAGUCAAAAUGAUAGGGAAAUUAAAGUAUUUUGGGGCUCUGUGCAUGGAAUACCUAACCGUGUUUUAGACCAUUGGUACGAAACUAGCUUAGUCAAAUUCUGAACAUACAUGUACUGCCAAUCCGACUUCAGGAAAGGAAAAAAGCCGGAAUUAGAUCAGAUGGACCGAACAUUUUGAUCCGAGUUGAGCAAAGAUCUUUAAUAAGAAAAACAAGCAGGAUUAAAGGGGCCAAACGAUUUUAUCCGAGUUGAGCGAAGAUCCAGCUUAUACGAAUCCGACUUAUGUGAGGUUUACUGUAUAUAACAUAUACAUUGUGUGUUAUAAUUUGUACUGGACAGGUGCCCUAUGUCCAGGUUUGAUUAAAGGACAGUGUAAUAGAUCCACUCUAGAGUGUUAAUAUGAAUAUAAAUGAGUGCUACUUGUAGUUAGUGAUACUAUAAAUUCGGUUAUUUUAUGUUU